AUGCCAAGAUUUUCCGAGUGCUGGCGUUGUGGUAAUACGGUUGGUGUUGGCAUUAUUUGUAACUUGUGCGAAGUUGCCAAAUAUUGCAGUGAAAAAUGCCAAAGAAAUGACAUAUUUCGACACGAGGCCGAAUGCAUUCCAGGGUCGAUCCUCAAGACAUGUACGACGUGUAGAAAAAGUGGUCGAGAUCUGAAAGCUUGCACUGGAUGCUAUCGAGCUUUUUAUUGUGAUGGAAACUGCCAGAGAAGGAACUGGGAAAGGCACAAGAUUGACUGUCGAGAAGAUAAGGAGGCGCUAGAAGCGACUACCCAACUUAUUUCCGCACAAUGUUAUAUGGUCUGA